AACUUUUUUUUUCUUUUUUAAAUGAAAGGCUAUGAAGUUCACCUGUUUCCAUAGCUUUACGGCACUUUACGCUUGGGUGGAGGGAGAGGCUCCUGAGCUUUAAAUUGAUUCUGAUUUUGCAAAUGCGCCUAAGAUUCUCUCCCAGCAAGCCUUCCGCAAGACUUAAGAGAGAAGAGGUGAGGAGGAAGCACAUCCGUCUGCACAUGGAAGGAGCACUGACCGCCCCGGACAAGGUCGGGGUGCAGGAUUUUGUGCUGUUGGACGUGCACACCAGCGAAACUGCCUUUUUGGACAAUCUUCGCAAACGUUUCAGCGAGAACCUCAUAUAUACAUAUAUUGGCACCCUCCUUGUGUCCGUGAAUCCAUACCAGGAGCUCGGAAUCUACACCACGAAGCAGAUGGAACUUUAUCAAGGGGUGAAUUUCUUUGAACUGCCACCCCAUGUCUACGCCAUAGCUGACAACGCUUACCGCACGAUGCGCUCGGAGCUAAAUAACCACUUCAUCCUCAUCUCCGGGGAGAGUGGCGCAGGGAAGACAGAGGCCUCCAAGAAGAUUCUCCAAUACUUCGCGGUGACCUGCCCAAUGACUGAGUCACUGCAGAUAGCCCGCGACCGGCUGCUACUCUCCAAUCCGGUGCUGGAGGCUUUUGGAAAUGCCAAAACGCUCCGGAAUGACAACUCCAGCAGAUUUGGAAAAUACAUGGACAUACAGUUUGACCUCCAGGGCAUUCCCGUAGGGGGACACAUCAUCAGUUACUUGAUUGAAAAGUCUCAAGUCAUCUAUCAAAACCAGGGCGAGCGGAGUUUCCACAUCUUCUACCAGCUGCUGGAGGGUGGGGAGGAGGAGCUCCUGGCUUGCCUGGGACUUGAGCGAGAUCGCCAGCUGUAUAAAUACCUCUCACAGGAUUUCACCAGAAAAACCGUAAUUGGGUUGCUGGAUAUCUAUGGGUUUGAAGUCUUUGACAAGAAUGGUUUUGAACAGUUCUGUAUAAAUUACUGCAAUGAAAAACUCCAGCAGCUGUUAAUAGAGAAGACCCUAAAAGCAGAACAGGCAGAGUAUGAAACGGAAGGAAUAGAGUGGGAGCCAAUUCAAUAUUUCAACAACAAGAUCAUCUGUGAUUUGGUAGAAGAGAGACACAAGGGAAUCAUUUCCAUUCUGGAUGAGGAAUGUAUUUGUCCCGGUCCUGCUACAGACUUGAGCUUCCUGGAGAAAUUGGAAGAGAAAGUGGGCAGGCACGCACACUUCCAAACCCGUAAGCUGGUGGGUCCAAAGGGCCGAAAGAGGAUCGGCUGGAUGGAGUUCCAACUCCUCCACUAUGUGGGAGAGGUCACAUACUGCACAGAGGGAUUCUUGGAAAAAAACAAUGAUCUACUUUAUAGACAUCUGAAAGAAGUUCUGUGUCAAUCCCAAAACAGCAUCCUGAGGGAAUGCUUCCUAGUGGCCGAGUUAGAAAACCGGAGGAGGCCGCCAACAGUGGGGACUCAGUUUAAAAACAGUCUGAGCAGUCUCCUAGAAAUCCUCAUCUCCAAGGAACCCUCGUACAUCCGCUGCAUCAAGCCCAAUGAAGGGAAAGAACCUUGCAAGUUUGACGACUUCCUCAUAAGGCAUCAGGUCAAGUACCUGGGGCUGAUGGAGCACCUGCGGGUGAGGCGGGCCGGCUUUGCCUACCGGCGGAAAUACAAACAUUUCUUGCAGAGGUACAAAUCUUUGUGCCCAGAUACCUGGCCGCACUGGCAUGGGCCUCCAGCGUGGGGUGUAGAACGGCUGAUCAAGUACAUCGGUUACAGACCCGAGGAGUACAAGUUAGGGAAAACCAAAAUAUUCAUUCGUUUCCCCAGAACUCUUUUUGCUACUGAAGAUGCCCUCGAAUUUAGUAAACAUCAAUUAGUCGCCAGAAUCCAAGCCACGUACAAAAGCUGCUUGGGAAGGAGAGCGUAUUUGAAAAAGAGACGAGCAGCCAUCACACUUGAAGCCCACUGGCGUGGAGCCUUGGCUCGCAAGGAGGCCAAAAGGAGGAAGUGGGCUGUGCAGAUUGUAAGGAAGUUUGUAAGCAGCUUCAUCAAUCGCAACAAACCCCUUUCUCCUGACAACAAGGAGUUUAUAGUGUUUGUACGGAAGAAUUACAUCUUGAAUCUGCGGCAUCACGUUCCAAAGAAUGUCUUGGACAAGAGCUGGCUGAGACCACCUGCCGUCUUGGAAAACGCAUCAGAUCUGCUCAGGAAAAUGUGCACAAGGACGCUGGUCUGGAAGUACUGCAGUGGCAUCACAGCUGAGAGAAAAGCCCAGAUGCAGCAGAAGGUGGUUACGAGUGAAGUAUUCUGGGGAAAGAAAGAAGGUUAUGCAGAAAGUUUAAGUCAACCUUUUGCCAACAGCCAGAUAGAUGAAGAUGACAUUAAUCCCAAAGUGCUUCAACUAAUUAGCAAUGAGAAAAUCCAGUAUGGUAUCCCGGUCAUCAAAUAUGACAGGAGGGGCUUCAAGGCCCGGCAGCGGCAACUCCUUCUUACUCAGACAGCAGCUUACGUGGUGGAACUUGCCAAAAUCAAGCAGAAAAUAGAGCACUCGGCACUCAAAGGUGUUUCUACUAGCAAUCUUAGUGAUGGAAUCUUAGUCAUUCACGUGUUGCCAGAGGACAAGCAAAAGGGGGAUGCCAUUUUACAGUGUGAACACAUAUUUGAAGUGGUUACUAAACUCGUGAUGCUGGUUAAGAAGGAGAACAUUGUACGUGUUGUUCAAGGAAGCUUACAGUUUUAUAUUAGUCCUGGAAAAGAAGGCACAAUAGUUUUCAAUACUGGACCAGAAGAACAAAUCUAUAAAGAUAAAAAUGGACAGUUGACAGUGGUGUCAGCCCGGACGAGGUCCUCCUGAUCAAGGAUGGCAUCUAACCUCUCCCAUCACCAUUUUUGCUCCAAGUGAGAAGUAUCCGGGAAACAGGGAUCUGAUCCGGUUAGCUACACCUUCAAGGCAAGAUUCCAGCAGCUCUAGGAAAAUGAUCACCUCUGA